GUUAUCUAUUUUUUAAAGCAUUAUAAUAAAAAAGGUUCUGCAAAAUGUUUCAAUGCCUUGAUGCCCAAAGUGAGAAUAUAUCUACUCCUAGUCAGCGUUCUCUUUCAAUUGACUUGCCAGAGCUAAUAUCUGAUUCUGAUGAUGAACAAAACAUGAGAUCAUCAUUAUUGCCUAAUUUAAGUUACCAUGAAGAAGAAGAAUCCAGCAGAUCAACAGCAUCUGAUUCUGACUCAGAUGAUUCCUCUGCAGCUCCCUAUUCGAUAAUGGAUGAUUUUUCUGAUGAUUCUUCAUCUGAUACUUCAGAAGAUGAUUUUAUGUUUGAUGGAUAUUUAUCCGAUGAUUCUUCGAUUGGUGAUUAUGAAUAUGUUGGUGAAAUGGGUGUUUUAGAGGCUUUAAAUCAACAGCUGGAAGCAUUCAGCAAUAUUAUUCCUUCAUUUUUUGGAGUUUCUUUACAGAUGUUAUAUGGAAGAUUAAAUAGUCACUUAUUUGGAGAUGAUGAUAAACCAACUCCUCAACAUAUUUUAGACUCUCUUCCGAGACUCAAAGUAACAAUUGCUCAAUUGGCUUCCAAGGCAUCCUGCUGCAUUUGCUUUGGUGAAUAUACUUUAAAUGAGGAUAUUUUACAGUUUCCUUGUAAUCACUUUUAUCACAGUGCUUGUGUUUUAAAUUGGCUAAAAAUAAAAUCUACUUGCCCAACAUGCCGUUAUGAUCUCACUCAAAUGAUAACUUCGAAUGAUGGUAUACCUGAACCAAACGUGAUAAAUGAUUAUUCUCAGUCUAUAUUUAUUGAUCAGCCAAUUAAUACUAAUGAAAGCAUUGCUCAAAGUUCUUACGAUAUCGUUAAUCCUCCUUCGGCUGACGCAAAUUUUUCAAAUCAUUUUCAUAUUGGCAACUCUAACCGAAAUUCGACCAGAUAUGAUAGUUAUAAUGGUUUAAGCUCUGAUAUAUCUCGAUGCAACAGUUCAAAUAUUGAAACAGCUUAUAGCUCAAACUUAGAUAAUAGAGACGCUUAUUUAUGCAAUGACAUUUCCGAAAUUCGUCGCUCUGAUGUUGAAACUAAUUUAAAUCAAUGUCCGUCAAGGUCUAACGCAGAGCUUCGUUUUAGCGCUAUAUUCGAAAAAGAGGUUGAUAGUUCAUUAAUAAACGUUGAAUCCCAAAGGAAUCUUUCUAAAAUAAAAUCGGGAACCACGUUGAGUGUUCGUGAUACUAAGAAACCCUCUAGAGAAACCGAUAUAUGGUAAAAUAAAAUCACAAAUAUUUCAAUAAAAAUUUUCUUCGUUUCAAAUUUUGUUAUAAAAUUUUUUUCUUUAAUCUUAUAUUAGGUAUUUUGUUAA